GGAAGACAACACUGCUUUUUCGUAAAAAAAAAAAACUGGCAGAACUGGCUUUUCAAAGGUCUUUUGUGGGAUGAGCCUGAGCAUCUUUGUGCUGGCAACAUGUUAUAGUAGAGUACAGUAUAUGCACUGAAGUGAUUAACAUCAGGACAAAUGGUUUGUUCAUACACCCGUGGCACCGUGUUUGCCUUUACAGCCUACAGUAACUGAACUGGAUAUUUAUCUUCACUUGAUCGACACAGUCCAGUUUCCAGGAUGAGGAAAAUCACAGCUAGAACCUUGCUGCUGGUCGGAGUUUUUGGCCUGUUGAUCCUGCAAUUUUGUAAAGAGCGCAAAACAACCCAACUUCCUGUAGAUGGGCAAGAAGAAAACAGGAAAAUAAGAGAACUUCACAAAUAUGACUCCUAUGUGUACUCGUGGCCAAAAUGUGAACAGAAUACUUCAGCUGCAAACAUCACAGGCUUCAGCUCUCUUCCUGGUCAUAUACAAGACUUUCUCUACUACAGACACUGUCGCCAUUUCCCCAUGUUGCUGGAUGUUUCUGACAAAUGUGGAGGAGCUUCUCAGUCAGCAGAAGUCUUCCUUCUACUGGUCAUUAAAAGCUCCCCUGUGAACUACGACCGCAGAGAGGUGCUGCGUAAAACCUGGGCUGAGGAGAGAGAACAAAACGGUGUGUGGAUCCGAAGGCUCUUCAUCUCAGGAACCAUGGAUUCUGGUCAUGAGAAGAACCGACUGAACAAACUACUGGAACUGGAGCAUCGUGAGCACAAUGACAUCCUCCAGUGGGACUUCAGUGACUCCUUCUUCAACCUGACCUUGAAGCAGAUCCUCUUCCUGGAAUGGAUGGAAAAAAACUGUCCAAAGGCACGUUUCCUGUUUAAUGGUGAUGAUGACGUCUUUGCCAACACAGACAACAUGGUCCAGUAUCUCCAAGGCCUUGAUGACAAUGAUGGGAGUAAACAUCUCUUUACUGGUCAUCUGAUCCAAAAUGUUGGACCCAUUAGAUCACAAAGAAGCAAAUACUUUGUCCCAGUCCAGGUGCAAGAGUCAGAGUCAUACCCUCCUUACUGUGGUGGCGGAGGCUUUCUCCUGUCUGGCUACACAGCUAUGGUCAUAUACAACAUGUCCAAGUCCAUCACUAUUCUUCCCAUUGAUGAUGUUUACAUGGGCCUGUGUCUGGCCAAAGCAGGACUUGGUCCGAGUUCCCAUAUGGGUGUGAAGACUGCAGGUCUGUACGUUCCCUCCAGCAAUACAGAUAUGUAUGAUCCUUGUUAUUAUAAAGAGAUCAUAUUGGUUCACAGAUUCUUCCCAGCUCACAUGUAUCUUAUGUGGCACAGAAUACAUGACCCCAAACUAAAAUGUGGUCUAUAAUAGAAAAGUGGUAACUCCUGCAACUUUUACUGUACGCUGUGAUUUCAUGGGCACUAAAAAAGGGACUGAGUCACUGGAAAGAGGAGACCUGGUGCAUGUACCUCGUCCCCACUGAAUCUGACCAACACGCAGCACUGAGAUGUUAUUAUAUGCAGCUGUAUUUUCUAGCUAAUGUGUAAUGAAGUAACAUCCUACUGUACCUAGUAACUUUUAGCACCUUUGGAGCAUUGUAAACAUUUUUCUGUUGUUGACUCAGUGUCAACAACAAUGUUUUUUCUUUACCCGUUUGUUAUUGUGUGGAUAAAAGUAGUUGUGUAUAAUAAACCGUACUGUACAAUAAACACGUUGUACAGUAUGUUGUAAAAUUGCUGUAGAUUGAUGUCACUAGGCCCAGACACUGAUCCAUAAUAGGUUCUAACAGCCACAUAAAUAAUAUUUAUAUCCUCCCACGCAAUAAAAACUUAUAUUCCAUAUUUGAUCUCUCUGGUGCAAUAUUUAAAAAUAUAUUUUACAUAUUUGUAUUUUUUUUCAAAAUAUAUCUGAAAUUUAAACCAGAGGUUUUUUCAAUUCAACCAAAUGUCUCAGGGUUUGUACGACUGGCGAUGUAAAAGUUUACUGUAGUAGUACCUACUGUAAAUACUUGAAUGGGUGUUUUGCUCAAAGGGUGUCUAUGCGUGGGGUUAAAUGACAGAUUUAGCAAACAAUCAUGAUCAAGAGUCACUAUCAGUCUAUACAAGGCUCACCUGGUCAGGGUAGCUUUUCACAGCUUGUACUAUUGCUUAUGUCUAUUUUAAAGUAAAAUUCUGGGUGUUUUUUACAGUGGAAAUUAUUUUAUUUUCAUGCUGCUAAGAAGAGUUUAUUGUGUUGUAUCCUGUGUUAUUUUCUGUCUACACCGGAUUAAAUUAUGUGCUAUCA